ACUCACGUGAGCGUUGUGUAGCUGUGAAACAGCUUGCUGAAGCGUAUUGUCGUCAUUGUGAGGCACGAUAGUCUAUUUGAGAUUGACGAGUUAUAGAACAGCUAGUUUAUUGAUGGCAGAAAGCAAACCAAAGUUUAUCAAAUCAGACAGUCGUGUUGCCAUCAUUGGAAGUGGCUUGAUUGGAAGAUGCUGGGCAAUGCUGUUUGCACGAGCAGGCUAUUCUGUCUGUGUUUAUGAUAUUGAUGCUGAUCAAGUGAAAGGUGCACUUGAGGCGACUUUGCCUAUGUUGUCCACUAUGGAGGCAAAAGGUCUUCUCGGUGAUGGUCAAACGUCGUCUGAGGUUCACCAGCGGAUAACUGGUUGCAGUCAAUUGUCGGAGGCAAUGGAGGGUGCUUUCCACAUCCAAGAAUGUGUGCCUGAAAAUGUGGAGUUAAAGAAGAAAGUAUUUGAAAGCCUUGAUGAAUUGGCAAGUGAUAUGGUUGUUUUAGCCAGUUCGACAUCGUGUAUAUCUCCAUCAAAAUUUACGGAGAAGCUCAAGCACAGAAGUCAAUGCAUUGUUGCUCAUCCGGUGAAUCCGCCGUAUUAUAUAUCAUUGGUUGAACUUGUACCUGCACCAUGGACUGACCCAGCUGUGAUACAACGCACAAGAUCUCUCAUGACUGAAAUUGGUCAAUCACCUGUUACACUAAAGAAGGAAGCUAAUGGCUUUAUUCUCAACCGUCUCCAAUAUGCUCUUAUAAUGGAAGCAUGGCGUCUCGUUGAGGAUGGGAUUUGUUCCCCAGAAGAUGUGGAUACAGCUAUGGUGGAGGGUCUGGCACCGCGCUAUUCAUUCAUGGGCAUAUUUGAAGUCAUGCAUCUAAAUGCACAAGGUGUAAAUGACUACUGCCAUCGCUAUGGUGCAAACAUCACAACCGUGUGUGAGAGUCAAACUCCAGCUCGUCAGUUAUCAGGCCCCACACUUGACACUGUGAACCAAGCUAUGGAAGCAAGGACUCCAGUCAAAGAGCUUGACAAACGUAGAAAGUGGAGAGAUGAAAGACUAGCUGCACUAGCCGUACACAAGAAAGAAAUGGCUGGUAAAGACAUUCAGAAGUGA